AUUACAUUAAUUUCACAACUCCUGCAGAGCUCCAACUUUGACCUGCAGGAUGACAGUCGUGGCCGGCGACAACAUGGAUGAGACCUCUGCUGUGCCAGGGCAUCCACAGGACACGUACCCCCCUGACCAUGACGAUCAUGAGUGCUGCGAAAGGGUGGUCAUCAAUAUAGCGGGACUGCGCUUUGAGACCCAGCUAAAAACUCUCGCCCAAUUUCCAGAGACACUGUUAGGCAACCCAAAGAAAAGGAUGCGCUAUUUCGAUCCCUUGAGAAAUGAGUACUUCUUUGAUAGAAAUCGGCCAAGUUUCGAUGCUAUCCUCUACUAUUAUCAGUCUGGGGGAAGACUGAGGAGGCCAGCAAAUGUCCCAUUGGACAUGUUCUCAGAAGAAAUUAAGUUCUAUGAUCUUGGGGUAGAGGCGAUGGAGAAAUUCCGUGAAGAUGAGGGCUUCAUCCGUGAGGAGGAGCGGCCCUUACCGGAUCGCGAGUUUCAACGGCAAAUAUGGCUUCUGUUUGAGCAUCCCGAAAGCUCAGGGCCAGCCAGAGGAAUUGCUAUUGUGUCUGUUAUGGUCAUUUUAAUUUCCAUCGUCAUUUUCUGUUUGGAGACUUUACCUGAACUGAAAGGGAACCCUGAGGGGCGGAUACAGAUUAUAGGCAACAGCACCUUCUACUUCAAACCAAACAUCUUGACCGACCCCUUCUUCAUUGUUGAAACCCUCUGUAUAAUCUGGUUCUCCUUUGAAUUGAUUGUGCGGUUCUUUGCGUGCCCGAGCAAAGCGGCCUUCUUUAAGAACAUGAUGAACACCAUUGAUAUUGUGGCCAUUAUCCCCUAUUUCAUCACACUGGGCACAGAGUUAGCAGAGGAACAAGAUGGAAAGGAGGGCAAGGGGGAGCAGGCAACAUCACUGGCCAUCCUCAGGGUGAUUCGUCUGGUCAGGGUGUUUAGGAUCUUUAAGCUGUCCAGGCACUCUAAAGGCCUUCAGAUUUUGGGGCAGACCCUCAAAGCCAGUAUGCGUGAGCUUGGAUUGCUUAUUUUCUUCCUGUUCAUCGGUGUCAUAUUAUUCUCGAGUGCCGUGUAUUUUGCAGAAGCCGAGGAAGGAGAGUCCCACUUCAGCAGUAUCCCAGAUGCAUUCUGGUGGGCUGUUGUGUCAAUGACUACUGUAGGCUAUGGGGACAUGGUGCCGGUAACUAUAGGGGGCAAGAUUGUGGGUUCCUUGUGCGCCAUCGCCGGUGUGCUGACCAUUGCCCUACCUGUGCCUGUCAUUGUAUCCAAUUUCAACUAUUUCUACCACAGAGAAACUGAGGGAGAGGAGCAGGCCCAACUCCUUAACGUGAGCAACCCUAACAUUGCCUCUGAUUCCAACUCCAGUCGCCGCAGCUCCUCAACCGUCAGUAAGUCUGAGUACAUGGAGAUAGACGGAGACAUAAACAACAGCAUCGACAACUUCAGAGAAGCCAACCUCAGAACUGGCAACUGUAAUAUCACUAAUCACAACUGUGUUAACAAAAGUAAGCUGCUAACAGAUGUCUAGAGCUUACUACUAGAGUAGAAAAUUACAUAUGAAUGCUUACUUUACCUCCUUUUGUGAGCCUUUGCAAUGCGAAUAUCUCUACAAUGCAGAAGAAAGAAAAAUAAUAGACCAAAACAUAUAAUAUGAUGGCAGAAAAUAAGGCAGAUCAUUCAGUAUAUAGUUAGCAUAACAAAUUUUCAAAAAGGAUGAUUCAUAUACCAUGAAAAAACGUACAACAACCACAAGCGCACACCUAGCUAAUUGUCCACAGGCACUGAAGGACUCUGUUGUGAUUAUUAAAUCAUCACGCAUGGACUAAAGAUUACAUUUCUGCUAGCUGCACAUUGCAUCCAGGAAAGUGCAUAAAAGAUCUGCAGGGUGGUCACCUUGUCUAUAGGUGGUCUCCCUCACAGUAUGAGAUCAACUGACCAGCAAAGCACCUUAUAUGAACAAGAUUUACCUUCUGCUGGGAUGCUAUGGAGGCCAAGUUCAUCGACUCAUGGACAUCCGCGUUGCUGCUAUUUUCCAGCAGAUGCUGUAAUUUAGAUAUCACCAAGUGAUGAAAUGCCAUGCCCUUUAGAUAUAAGACAGCACAAUGCCGGAAGUGGAGCCUCACAGUUAGCAUGUUUAGAUUAUCCUCGUUUUGAUAUUGGCAUGCGUCGGACAUUACCUCAUUACAAUAGGAUAUCAGUUCCUAUUUUUCUUUUCUUUUUUUUCCAUGAGCUCCCCUCUCCAUCUAUCUCCUCUCAUUUGGCACCAUGAAAAGUGCACUAGUGUGUCAUGAUAUGAGAUGCUUAUCAUUUAGGUGUAUUUAAAGACUGAAUGUUUAACCUUACGGGAAACAGAAUCUUAAUGAUAUCAUAGCAUGUCAAAAGAACCUGCAUUAUGGCCUAAUCAACUAAGGUACUGUGUAUCCUAGUGUAUUUAAUGCAUGACAUCGGUAUAAUACAGCUUGUUGCAAUUGAGAUACCUCAUGAGGGUGUCCUUGUUACAAUCAGGGAAACUAAGGACUUUGAUUCCUGACAUUUUCUGAAAUGUGACAAAAUAUAUGCAAGCCCCAGUGCUGGGAUGCAAACUUUUCAAAGUAGUCAAAGACACAGAAAAGGAACUAUCAAGAUACUAUCAAAUGCAUAUUACUCAUACUAAGCGCACCUGUUUUAAAAAUAAAUAAAUAAUAUAGCUUAAAUAGUGCUGUGCAUGGGCAUUCUCUAAAAUAUAUAUAUAUGGGCAAUUAUACUCCAUGCUUCCAUUUUGCAAUCAAAUUUAGGAUAUUAUGGAUUGAAAUAUGCUUAAUUUACCUUAGCAGGAUGCAAAAGAAAAAACAUGAUAGAAUUAUUCAUAUUAGUUGCUAGUGCCUUUGACCCUCUCAGCAACAGAUAGAUGAAAGUGCCUCUGAGUUAAGAUUGAAGUUUUAGGCAGGGCAAGGGAACAUUAUCUGCUCUAGAACUGGAUGUAAUGAAUGUUGAGGCUGGUCAUUACAUUUUUCAAACAUGGUUGUCAGGCACAAACCAACAUUUUUCUGUGUUUUUUUUUUUAUAUGAAAUUGGACAUUGGAAGGCAUUAACAUGAGGGAACCUCUUAGAGUGUCGAAUCUGCCUUUUGUUGUGGUUUAAUUUUGCUGUGCCAUAAGAGUCUACCUCAGUGAGGUCACUGCACAGCUCACUGUAGAGCAGAACGUGAGAUAACAUAACAGCCUGUGAAGUACGAUACAUUUCAGAAUUAACACUCUUUGAGUACCUCAGAAUUAGCCUUUUUUGAAGCACUUAGAACAAAUGCAACAAUGCAACCGCCCCUGACCUUGAGAUAUGUAACGCUCCCUUGCUAAGCACAAUCAACAGUCAAUUUAGUUUGUUUCUGUUUAUUAACACAGAUCUGGGAUAAGAUGCACAGCACAGGCUUUACCACAGGGUAGGCUACAAUUAGACCAGAGUAAAAAAAAAAAAAAAAAUCUGUCAUUUUGAAGUAUAUCCUCCUUUUUGUGGACAUUUGACAUGUCAAAAAGUGUUACUUAACCCAUUGAAGGAAUGUUCUGGGUUCAAUACAAGUAAAGCUAAAUCAAAUGCAUUUGUAGCAUAAUAUUGAUUACCACAAAAAAAAAAAAAAAAAACAAUAAAUAAUAAUAAUAAUAAUUUCAACUCAUCCCUCGAUUAUUUAAAAAAGCAAAAAUACCAGUGACUUUAUAAGGAACUUAAAAUAGAAGUGAAUGAAUCCAGUCCAAAAACAAAAGUAUUUUGAAGUUUCAAAAGUAGAGCCAUAAGAAAUAAACAUUGUACAUGUUAACUUGAUUUUAGCAUGAUGAAAUAUCACAUUAAAAAGGGCUUAACACCAUUGCAUCUUCAUGGCAACAAAGUUGUAAUAUUGGAAAUAACUUUACACAGAUAAGGUUAGUAAGUGAUUUUAACACACAAAAAUCAGGUUAACAUAUAAAAAUACUUUUAAAACAAUGUGUAUUUUAAUGUUCAUGGACUGGCCCCAUUCACUUACAUUGUAAGUGCCUUUACUUUGCUUUUGUUUUUUUUUUUUAAAUAAGGGACGAGUUGAAAUUUUUUGUGUGUGGUAAUCAAAAUUUUAUGUCACAAAUACUGUAGAUUUGAGCUUAAUUUGUACUGAAUCCACAUCAUUCGUUUAAAAUGGCAACCACAGACUCACUCUCGGCCCUUUCCCUACAAUGCACAUCAGUUAUGACCAAAUUUGAAUCCAGACUUAAUUAAAUUCAGAAACAUAACUGACAGUGUGAUGAGUAUCAAUGCAUUAAACAUUAAUGUGAAACCAUGUGCUGAUAGUUUGAGUUGCUAAUGUUGCCUGAUUGGGUUAUUCCAGAGCAAAGGGCUUCUUAAUUUUUAUUCAAUUAAAUGUGGUAUGUUAAAGACGUUUUUUAAUUUAAAACCCACAGAAGGUGGUGCUAAAAUUAGUCUGUUUGUAGGUUAAUUUCAUUUAACGAACAGAACAGCCAUCAGCCCAUAAACAAGUUGCCUGAUCAUGUGACCUUUAUUGAUCAUUGAGGUGUGAUUGUAAACAAAAGUGAACAGCUGUAUUUUACCUAGGGCAGUUUCCUAUAACAUUACAUGGGUUUAGUCACCUCUGUCACAGUUUUGUGCCAGGAAGAACUAUUCAGGGUUUUAUUAAUCAGUUUUUCUUUAAAAUUCAUGACAUUGCUUGCUUAAUUUUUAAUGUGAAGUUGAGAGCAGAAAUUAAUUAGCAAAACAAAUCAUAAUGUAACUUUUUUAAAUGUAGAAUUAAAUAAUUAACUGUAAAUAAAUUUCUAAUAGUGAUCAUACCCUAUGGUGCUAUACAU